AUGUUUGGAACUUUGAGAAAGUUUUCACGGAGGCACUCGAUUGAGGAAUAUGAAGAGGAAAAGACUGAGGAUUGCGAAGAGAAAAGAAAGAAAGAAAUUGAAAGGUUGCUUCUUUUGGAGGAUGACCUCACCGAAUUCGUGCAAAGGCAAAUCUCAAAUCGUGUUGUUGCAAAUGUCCAGAUCAGUUUGAUUGAGUCUGUUUUUUCCCUUAUAAAGACCCAGCUUAGGCAACAAGAGGUGCUAUACAAUAAAAGAUUAGGUAAUGAUGAAAAGGUGCCGCUUAAAGGUAGCAUUCAAAACAGUGUCAAUUCGCUUAUUUCCAAUGUGCUGAUUCACAUUUCCAACCAACAAAAUACAAAGCCCACCUCUUUCCUAAACUGUUCACCGGCUCCUAAAGGUAGUAAUGAGAUUGGAGAAUUUGACGAGGAUUCCUCAACAGGGAAUCCGUUUGACCAAAUGCAAUCGGCAUCACCACUAAGGAUGCCGAUGAAGUGGAGGGGGAAAAAGACGAAAGGCGGACAAAUACUAAUUGAUUUGAAUAGCCUUGAAGUGGGCAAAACGCUACAAAUGGAAAAAGAACCCUUCAAAGAGUUCGGAUGGUAA